AUGUGUCUUGUUGUUCUACAAUACCUCCCAGAGCGGCCAGAGGCACAUAUGGUAUUCCAUGAUGAACCGGGUCACGAAUCAACAUCGUGGUCUCAUGCUGCUGUGUCAAAAAUCAUUACUUCUUUGCGGCAGCUCUUCCGCCAAUUCGAAGGUAGCGAGUCCUUUGACGAGGAGGUUGCUGAUAUUCUGUGCCGCAAUACCGCUCGACCAGUGCAAGAUACUUUUGACAAUUUCGAUGAGUGGAUAGCUCAGUUCUGUGGACAAAAUAUUCGAUGGGAAUCAAUAGGUCUGUUAUGGGCACAUGUUGAGGGCCUCUCGGAUGCUUUGUCGACGUUAAAGUACCGCCAACUCAAGUGGGUAGAGGGCAAGAAAUCUUCUGUCGUUUCACACGAGCAUUUGUACUAUAUCAUCGAAAUAUCACGCCAGUUUACAGCUGGGAACGAUAUGUUGCUCGAUCUCUGUCGUCGACAUGCCGCGCUUGCAACUCUGGUUUAUGGCGAUGCAAGCCCCGUGUAUUGGAAUGCACACAGCCUGUGUGUUUCAAUGCUACUUUUUCUUGGUCGUCACGCUCCAGAAACAUCCAAGUCUCAACGAAAGUCUGAAAAGAUUUCAUUCUGCACCGAAAAUAGGCGUUUUCUCUACUGCUACAUCUUUGCCAACGACAAGUCCAUGGUCUCAUUUACUGGCAGACCGCCACUCCUUAGUCGCCGUUACUGCUCAUCCCAGGCCCCCUUGGACUUGUCUGAUAGCUGCAUGAUAUCAAAAGAAUCAAUGACAGAGGAGUUGGAGGCUUUGGAUGAAUGGGGCUGGAAUACCAAGGGCGAGAUCCAUGCCAACAGCUAUAUACGGGCUCGCUUCUUGAAGUCCUAUCUUUUGGACGAGGUGAUAGAGAUUGCACUUGGUAAUGACACUCACGUUACGCUUGAUUAUCUUGAAGACACCAAGGCUCGAGUAAACCAGUUUUUCUUCGAGAUGCCAUCACAUUUGAUUUUUGACUACCAAAAUCUUGACGAACCGGAUCUUGAUAUAAAUGUUCUUUACUUGCGAAUCUUGCUCUAUCUGAGCCAUAAGAGGGAUAUCUUCGUGAUAGAACGGCUAUUGCUCCAGCAUGGGGCGAUCGAUGAUGGCUCCUUGCUGACAACCAGUUUUGAUUUAGUCAAAGUCACAGUUAUACUUUGGAUACACAAGAACAGAUUCGCCCCUAUGAGGCGAAAUUUUGAAUGGCUACUAGUUGCAUAUGCUGCUCCUGGGGGUGGUAUUCUGUGUCAAGAGUUACUUCGACCAACUUUCUUUGGUGUUCACUCUCUAAAUCCUGCUCUUUCAAGAUCGAGUAUCGUACAGCAACUCAGCAUGCUUGUCGCUUUCCUAAACUGGGUUGGUCCAGGCUCGCCAAACAGAGUGGUAUGCAGUGAUUGCGAGACUAUCAUCCAGCGAGUGCUUGAUGAGCACUUGAAUACUUCGCCGACAAACGAUGCGGGAUUGGAACCCUUGGGUCAAGGCUUUCCUCGUUCCCUAGGGUUCAAGUUUGAAUUGUUAAACACAUUCGAAUGGCUAAAUACUGUAGAGAGAUAG